AUGCGUGUUCAAUUUUUCUUCCCGUUUUUCCUCAUCGGCGCCAUUGCCACGAUAACGCCCGCUGGUGAGGAAGUUUCCACCAAUUUGCACGUUCGGAGUGACGCUUUAUCCGCUCGCUCACCCGCCAAUGUGAAGGGAGUUCCGCAAUAUGGACAUUUGCGCGGCGGGCAUAAGAAUAGGAAGGAGGGCGACGACGACGACGAUGAUGAUCACCCCGGCGCUGACGACGAUUGGGACACCGGAUACCCUCGUAGGAGAAGGCCAAAGACACGCCGAGCUUUGGCCAAUGAGCACCACCUUCAGCCUCGUUCACCUGCCAAUGUGAAGGGAGUUCCGCAAUAUGGACAUUUGCGCGGCGGGCAUAAGAAUAGGAAGGAGGGCGACGACGACGACGAUGAUGAUCACCCCGGCGCUGACGACGAUUGGGACACCGGAUACCCUCGUAGAAGAAAGUCGAAAACAGGCCGAAAUUAA